CACUCUGGUGCGACGCUCGGGAGUGCGGGCUCUACACUGGCGCCGGUGCGAGUGAGGGCCUCGGGCGCUCAAGUGUGGACGGGAGGUGCGGCCGCCUCAGUGUCCCGCCAGCCUCGCACACACCAUCACCGCGAAACAGCCCUAGUGGGAACUAAUCGACUGCUUUACAGUAUCUGUCAAGUAUAGUUAUAUCUUGUGGUGAGCUUGUUGAUAGUAUGUAGCUACAGAAGCAAUAUUGUUGACAAAACAUAUGAAACCCUAGGAAAGAUAGCAUCCUACUGAUGUAAAGCUGCAGAAUCAAAUUAUAAGGAUAGAUGUGUGGUAGUGUGGUGUUCUUGGUCGCCAUGGUUGCCUCGGUGGGGGCGUCUCGAGGUAGCCUCAUGGAGGACACAAAGGAGGUGGCAUAUCGCGCCCUUGCCUAUGAUCUUGAGGUCUUACUUCAACAGCAUCUUAAUAACUGGAAAUUCCUCACUGAAACGUCAUCAACAAUAGACAUGGGCGAAGUGUUCGACAAGAAACGUUUCCUGAAUCCGAAAAACGUUCAAAACACUAGUCGAAAGGCCAACGAUGCAAAAUGGUUAAAUCGAGACCCGAUCCAAGUAAAGUGUGACAAGAUUUUCUGCAGUGAAGUGAAGAUGGAUAAUAUAAAAGCCAAACAGGGAAAAGAUGAAGAUGACAGCAAAAUACCAGAACGAAAAAAUCCAUAUUUUCUCCAAAAAGAAAUUCAGGCACCUCCCAGCCACAACAGAAACGGAACGGCAGAUGCGGAUGGGACGUUAGCAAUACAGGAAAACAAAGAAGAAGUGGAAGAGAAAGACGAAAGGAGUCCCCAUGGUCACGAGAGGAAGCAAAGAAAUAUUCCCGUGAUGUACAUGCCAGGGAAGAAGACGAAAAGGAAGUGUGUCGCCGCUGGAGGAAUAAUGUCUGGCCACAACGCCUUCAGUUUUCUCAGCUUUGUCACCGGCGUGCUCUCCCUUGUCUUGAAUGUCAACAACAAUAUAAACAACAACAACGACAACAAUAAUCUGAAUGACAACAACGCCAUAUCCAAUAACAACGUAGAUGCCAAUGCCAACACGCAGAAUGCCAAUCAGAUUGUCGUGUUUCCCCCUGGGCGGAAAAGAAGAAGCCUCAGCGACUGGCGAAUCCUGCAACUCCUCGGUCAUCGGCCAGGCAAGCGAGAAGAAGACGAUGUUGAUUUCAAGCAGCGUGCAACACAGUGCAGCAAGGAACUGAAUCAUCACGUGACAGAUGCCAUGACGGCUAGCUUGCGACUUUUAGCGGCUUCGACUAUUGAGAACCUAGCCAACAGCCUUUCGAAAAGCCAAGAGCUUGCCUUCGACGACUCCUGGCGGAUCCUCAGCAGGGAGAUACAGCAGGUGAGAGCUCGAGGUGGCUCAGGGGCUCUGCUGGCUUCUGCUGUCAGGGCAAUCUCCCGAGGGUGAUCUGUUUCCGGAAGCAGAGGAGGAGGUGGGCGUGGUCAAAAGAAGCGUCCUUGACAGGGAUGUAGAAUCGAC